AUGCUUUGGACAACUCAAGCAUGUAGGUGUACGUCAGCGAGCUUUGAAGUACGAGCAGCCCACCAGGACCUAUGCGAGCGACUUCUUAUGAUCCUCAUGCCCACACCCGUCACCAAGCCACAGUCGUCCGUACAGUCAGAUCUGUCUGCGUCGAACCAAGCCCAACAGAGUGCAACCAAACGAUAUACUGCGUACGAAGAAAACAACCGUAAAAUCCUUUACUCACACGACCGAGACCAAGAUCACUCCGACAGCAGCAAAGUCCCA